AUGGAGAACCGGAUCAAAUGGCUAGAAGCGAUUGUUAGGGAGAAGCGCUCCGACGUCGACUUGAACCAAGACAUCGAAGGACAAUCUCAAAUGCUCAAUGACACAAUACAGUCCGAUACGCUCAGUCAGAUGGCUGAAGAUCAUGCUGCCGGCAUCCACCAUGCCACCCAAGCAACCGAAAGACGGGGCAGCAAUGCGCCGAACCAAGUUAAUUACUUCAAUCAUGGAGGCUCGACCUCCCAUACCCAACCUGUUCAGGAAGAACCUCACCAGGCGCACGAAAUCGGGCUAGUUUCAUUGUCCCCAGGAGGCGAUCCGCGCUACAUCGGGCCGUCCAGUGGAUACUUUUUUGCGAAGCGCAUAUUUUCCAACACCGGCUGGAAUGGUAGACAGAAGACGUUGUCUGGGUCUACGGGGGAGGCACUUCAUCUUCCGGUAGAGCUACUUAAUACUCCUGCAUCGCUACCACCGCAGAAGCAGAUAGCCAUAGAGCUAUCGAGCCAGUAUUUCCGGACGGUCCACUUGCUGUACCCCUUCCUCCAUGAGCAGACGCACAUGAAGGCCAUCGACCGGAUGUAUGAGGAUCAGGAAGAGAAUCCCAUCGACAGCUUCCAGGUGUACAUGGUUCUGGCCAUUGCGUCUUUGGAGCUAUCACGGCGCUGCAAAAUCCAACUCCCUGUCGAGGAGUACUACGCCUCGGCGAUGAAGCAUGUCGACUUUGUUUGCCACCACGGUUCUCUCCCGGCACUGCAGUGCUUGCUACUGCUCAUGGUAUACGCACUGUAUCAUCCGUCGUGCAACAUUAACAUCUGGAAUCUCAACUACCAGUGCCUUGCGAGCGUGAUCGACCUUGGUCUGCAGCGAGAUGUGCGGUCAUCACCGGCGAUAAGGAUAUCACUACUUGAACAGGAAAUGCGGACUCGUGUCUUCUGGGUAGUGUACACACUCGAUCGAACGGUGUGCACCAUGAUGGGACGUCCGAUUGGAAUCAGGGACGAGGCGUGUGAGAGAAGGCUUCCACUGGAUAUGACAGACCUCGAUCUGGUCAGCGACACGGCAAGUCAAUCAACACACAGACGAGUACCGUCGCACAUGGCCUAUUCCAUCCAUCUGUUCAAGCUGGCGCAACUCAACUCCGAAAUCAAAUACAUCAUGCACAGCGUCCGCCGUGAUGUGCCGGCCUACGCCUUUCCCCCUGUUCGGAAUAUACUUGCAUGGCAAGAGGAUAUGAUUAGCUCCCUGCGGAACUGGGUCAACGAAGUGCCACGGGUUGACACGCCACAAGCCAAGGCCCUCGCGCAGUACUGCCAGGUCAAGUACCACGAAACAAUGAUUCUAAUCCUACGACCGAGUCCGGGAAUUCCACAUCCCGCGGACGAAAUGUACGAACGCUGCUUCCAUCACUCGUUCAUGCUGAUCCAGUCGUUUGGGGAGCUGUAUGCAGCGGGUAAUCUCCCGUACAGCCGUCUCGUAGUCCAUGCGGUCUUCCUCGGCACGCUGGUCAUGCUGCACUGCAUCUGGAAACUGCCCGGCACAGCUGCCACGCUUCGGGUCAAUGAGCUCAUCGCCAAGCUCGGCGUCGCCCAGAAUAUCCUGAGCAGUAUUGGGGAGCACUGGGCGGAGGCUACUCGCGCGAGAGACUGUCUCGCCGAGUUGGCAAGUGUCACGAUUCCGCGUCUGCUGAGCCAUCCGUUUUCCAAUGCGUCGAAGCCAGCCGAAUGCACGACACAUCGCGGCCUGCGCGAUCUAGGGGAGUCUCCACGACAAGACCGUCUUGGAACUCGUCAAGAGUUUGAGUCUGGGAGCAUUCCGGAGCCAUACUCCAUCUCGGCACAAACGACGGCACUGACGCCCAACCUCUUCGACGACCUGCUCCAGGGCGAUCAAUGGAGUGGCAUGUCUGAUAUCGACAGUUUCAUGUGGGAGUUUAUCAACAGCUAG